UCGGGACGAGCCACUUCCGCUUCCAGCCGCCGAUUUCACCGGACUCGAGUUUGAACUCAACGAGGACGAUGUCAUGUGUGUCAGUGGAACCGUAACCGUUAGGGAGGACUACGAGGCGCCGCUUGGAACAUACUUCUACACGAAGCACCUGGAGCGUGGCCAGUGGAGACCGGGCGUGUUUGCCCGGAUUGUGAAAGAUUUUUGUCCGGACAUUCUGAACCCCAGAGAGGCAUGGUACUUUAUCACGAAAACGCUGAACCAGACGUACUGUCCCUACAGAAAGGGGCACGUUGAGGUGUUGGACCGGUUGAAGUUUGGAACGUACGGGGUGAUUGUUCCGUUCCACAUGCUUGGCGAGUGGAAGUUAUAUUUUGAAGUCACAGCCAAACGGAACGGCCAGAUGAUCAAGGAGUGCAUCAUGCGGAGAGUUUUCCUGACGGAUGGUUGAAGCAUCACGACUGUGAGCUGUGUGUUAUCUUUGGAUUGCGUAUGAUUUAAUUUAAUUAAUGCCAUUAGUUUUCAAGGAUUCUAUCGCUUCCCCCUUCAAAAUUGAUCCCAAAAAUCAGGGGGAGAAAAAAAGAUAGAGAACGAAAAAACCUAAUUUCAAAUUUUAAGUCCAUUUUUUCAAAAUUAUGGAGCAAAAAGUAUCACAAACUGCUCUAUACAUUAGUUAUGCUACUACAGAAAAUUUGCAAAAUAUCUCAAAGUCCCAAAUUUUCCUAUUUGAUUUAAAUACAAAAAUGAACCCUUUAAAAUGCGAUUGGAACCUAAAAUUAAACUUAAAUUGCGUCCUAAAAUUAACCUUAAAUUGCUGAUACAGAGCGGAUUCGUCAAUUUAAAUAGGCAAUCAAACGUCAAAAUUACCUCCCCACUAGAGGGCGCUGAAACUUGGGGUGAUGUU